GGAGCUCGGCUCGUUUUCGCCUUUUUGCAGAGUGGUUUUUCUCCUUGCAAGAAGCAGUUGUGUCGCGUUUUUAGAGGUCCAGAAAGUGUCCCAGCAGAAGAAAUUAGUGUGACCCGGAGUAAUCCCUUCCGAAUUAAGACCCCCCAAUUGGAGAAAAAGAAAAUCGCUGGUGGCGUGUGACACAAAGGCUUUUUUCUUACGAGGAGGAUCCAAACCGGAAACGCACGAGAAGAGCGGUAUAAAUCGAUUCUAACCCAAAAUGUCGGAACGCGAAAAUAAUAUCUACAAGGCCAAAUUGGCGGAACAGGCCGAGCGGUAUGACGAAAUGGUCGAAGCAAUGAAGAAGGUCGCCUCCAUGGACGUUGAGCUCACAGUCGAAGAGCGAAAUCUGCUGUCGGUCGCCUACAAAAAUGUCAUCGGAGCACGACGUGCCUCGUGGCGAAUAAUCUCGUCCAUCGAACAGAAGGAGGAAAAUAAGGGUAUCGAAGAAAAGCUGGAGAUGAUUAAGAACUACCGCGCACAGGUCGAAAAGGAAUUGCGGGAUAUCUGUCAGGACAUUCUGGACGUACUCGAUAAGCACUUAAUUCCUUGCGCGUCGACGGGCGAAAGCAAAGUAUUCUACUACAAAAUGAAGGGCGAUUACCACCGCUACCUAGCCGAAUUCGCCACCGGUGGAGACCGAAAAGACGCUGCAGAAAACUCGUUAGUUGCAUACAAGGCCGCCAGCGAUAUUGCGAUGACCGAACUUCCGCCGACGCACCCGAUCCGGUUGGGACUGGCACUAAACUUUUCAGUAUUCUACUACGAAAUCCUGAACUCUCCGGAUCGUGCCUGCCGCCUAGCGAAAGCAGCAUUCGACGACGCCAUCGCUGAAUUGGACACCCUCAGCGAGGAAAGUUACAAAGAUUCCACGCUCAUCAUGCAGUUACUGCGGGACAACCUUACCCUGUGGACAUCCGAUAUGCAGGGUGACGGUGACGGUGAGCAGAAAGAACAAAUUCAGGACGUUGAAGACCAGGACGUGUCGUAAUUUGGUACGCGACUCGUUUUAUGUGUGAAUUUAUUUUAUUAAUUAAAGAAAAUAAGAUUAAGCAUUAUUAAAUAAGCUAUACAUAAGAAAACAACAAAGAAAAAAAAAGAAAAAAAAUUCAACAUACACAGCAAAAAAUCUAAGAUACAAGUCAUCAGGAAAAAACAAAUUACACAGACACAAACGCGCAUAUUGGCAUUUUCACACAUACAUACCAAGAAUAACACACACAUGCAAACGAACGUCCACAGACAAUUGCGAAAUGAAACAAAAGGGGAUAUGAGGACAACUCCCCAGGGAAGCGGUCGACAACGAGAGUGAAACAAAAGGCAACCACUAGUAAGCACUCGGUUCAAUCUAGGAAAGCACGGGAAGCUAAUUAAUUGUUUGGGACUUCUACUCCUAUCACUAUCUGUAGAGUGUUCAAUCGCUUCUUUGUACAAUGUGUGUGCGAGGAGCAAACAUUUCGGCAAUUCCCCUGCAUCCGUAAUGUACCGAUUACUAAUUAGAAUAAAGUGAGGCAAAUUGGACACUAUCGACUUUCAACCAUUACCAAUCAAAACACACACACAUACACAUCAAAAACACACAUACACAAAACACAAAUACUUACCUACUACUACUACAUCAAAAGAAAGCAGCGUAUUAGAGCAUAUUGAUUACUACAACUACUACUAGUAAAAAUGCAAACAAAAAACAGAUUCAGCUGAGUGGUGUAAAAAGAAAAAAAAAUCAUCAACCAUUAAAUGUGUAUUGUUUUUGUCAAUAUAUAUUAAUAAACAAAUAAAGAAGUAAAAAUGGACCGCAAAAAAGUAAUGCAGUGGAAAAAUGGAAUUCAAGUAUAGCGUUAUACAAUAACAGGAAAAAUGGAAGGGCAGAAAAAGAAAAAUCGUAUUAAAUACUAGCCUACAUUUAACACAGGAACUCACAGCGUGUAGCUUCAAGUUUGGCCCUAAUCCUGUGUGAGGGCGGAAAAGCUGCGACGUCGUCGUCAUCAUCAUCAUCUCUUUGGGGUUCAGGGUUUCCAUAUCGAAAGGAGGAUGGUAAACAAGCGGCUUUCGCCAACACACUUGAGAUUUCUCACUGCUUGUCAUCUCCAUCUCCAGAAGAUUGUUGUUGCCGCUUGAGAAUGAUGUAGUUUUUUUUCCAUUGACUUUUCGGGAGUGGCUUGGCUGCGAUGUUUCAAAGGUUAAAGGAAAACGUACUUUGUGUAAGAGAAGUUUAAGAACCAAACGAGAAAACAUUCCCGCGCUCAUGGUUCCUUUCGAAAGCUGGGAAACAGAAGGAAGGAAAAGUUUUCUUCCGACAAUUGUAUUGUGUACAGAGAUUUGUAUCAUUAGAAGAUUUGUUCGUCCAAGAGAUAUCAUUACUUACUGUCAGUAUUCCCAAGAGUAUUUUCAUACGUACCGCGAAUCGAAGCAUUGAUUGCAUGACAUAUAAUGCUGUGGUUUAAGGAAGCCGGAAAAAUUUCUAUCAAUUUUUCCGCAUUCGGUCAGUUUUGAGUACCAUCCUCUUUUUGAUAAAUUCCUUAUGACGACGUGUCGAGCAAUAUUUAGUGGAUGCUUUGUGUUUCCUACGCAAAAUUUCUAACUCUGAUCUUGUGUUUUCCAUGCUCUCGAGGCAGUGAAUGAAGAUAAGAUCAUAAAUACAAUAUUUAUUUGUAUAGACAAGUUUCAUUUGUUCUCGUGGAGCUGGAAAUUGCAACAUGUAUCGUUCAAUUGGUGUCAUGAAAUCCUUUUAGGGAAGUGAUGUGCAAACUAAACAGAAAAACUGAAUGAAUGUGGCGGAAUUUGAACGUGUGAGGUGGAAGUUUUUUUUAACGGGAUCUUUACAAUCAAUAACAGAAAGCUUAAAACAAGAGCAAAACAGCAUGCGGUAAAAAGGAGCACAAAAAACAUCCCGGAAAUAUAACCAUCAUUUACAAAGCUUCCGCUUCAGAUAUUCAAUUCUAAGAUUUUUGUUCUGAUCAUAUUAGUCGUAGGGUGGAAAACACAAAGGAUGUACACACGAAUUUUCUACAGAUUGAGAAUCCACCCAAAACUAUUAACACUGAGCAGCAUCAAUUGUAUGAACAUUAAUAGACUAGUGGAUUAUUGAAAAAAUCAUUGCAUUUACACACGCAUCCAUCAAGAAACAAACAAAAGAACACUCGUUAACCCAAAAGAGAAAACUAUAAAAUAGCAAAGAACAACUAAGAAACGUGUUAUAAAAACAUACCAACCACAGGACGACGACACAACAACAAAAUUUAAAAGAAACCAUAGAAAAGUAUACAAACUCAACACUCACACAACCUUUAAGAGAAAGCUAUGUUUUAAUCAGCAACAACACAAAAAUCGUAAAUAAAGUAAAAACGUUUCUAGUAGUAGCCACAUUGGAAGCAGCUUUUUAUUGUAUCUAAUAGAACGCAUUUUUUAUUUGUCCCUUUCUUCUAUACCACUUUCCUUGUGUAAAUCAGAUAUGAAACAAAAACGAUAAUAGUUGUUAGUUUCAGCUAAGUUAGCCAUCAAUUUGUUCCUUAAUAAAUGGCUUUUAUGCAUAUAGGUUUAUAUUAUUUUUAAUCUAUUCCAGGGGUUUUAUUUCGCUAGCUAUUUCUGCUUAAAAUUUUCUAGAAAGCGAUCUGAUUUACAUAAAAACAACUUAAGUUUUCUAGUAGACAGGUUUGUUUCUCCAAACCUAACUUGUAUUUAAGGCGAUAACGUAAUCCGCAGUAAAACAUUAAUACUAGCGAUCGAUGGAAGAAAACAGACAUUUAAGAAACCUAUUAUUAUGAGUAGAGGUAUAAAUUAAACGUUAAAUUCAUUGAACUAAAGAUUCAUGAAAGCAAGCAUACCAACAACAAAACUGAUGACACAGAAAUGUAUGGUUUUCAAAUAUGGGAUUUAGUUUAUUCACAUUGAAGAAAAAAAAAAUAAUUUCAGGCAUAAAGACGUUAUCUUUUUAUUUUUCGGUUAUCCUAAUCAGUUCCAUUUGGUUCUACUCUUACAGGAAGCAGUUACUGAGGGUUUCACUAGCGAAAGCACCAAGUGCUAGAGAGUAAAAGUAAAACACAUUUAAGAACAUUUAGCAACCUGUAACGUCUUUUGUUUCUCUCUCCUUGUACCGCUUUUGUUUCGCAAUAAUUUACCAUUCCCUUACCUUGGUUUCCUUGUUCGUUUUAGUUUGAACUGAUCCGCAUCAAUAUCCAAUUAGAAAAAAAGCCACUUAACAUGCUGUAAUCGUUUUUGAGCAACGGAAUAAAGAAUUCACACAAAACAGACUAACACCUUUAGAACUUUUACGAGAACAACGUAUAAGUUAUAAAAAAAAAUCUAGACUUGAUAUGUCACAACUUUGAAAAGCAGAUCACUUCUGAAAGAACGAAACACAAAAUACAAUACAGCAGCAACUGGUCGGUUAUUAUGUGAAAACAAAAAAAACUGAGAAAUCGAAACAAUAUAUUUAAAUCCACAGUAUAAAAACCAACUAAAAAAAAUGAAACCAAUAGUCACAACAACAACAAAUACAAACCCCACACAGAACAAAAAUAAGCAAAAGAAAUCGCAGUGAGAAGGAAAUGGAUAUCGAAGAAAUAAAGCUCUAAGAAAA